AUGGCCUGCGCGCCGCCCCGCGCCGAGGCGGCGCCCGCGGCGCGCUCCGCGGCCACCGACAGCGAGGCGUCUGUCGCUGUGGCGGUGGAGGGGCCGGGCUGGGCGGCGGAGGCGGCGAGGCGGCUCCGGAGGCACGGCUUCUGCGUGCUCACGGGCGGCCCGGGCCGCGGGCUGGCGCCAGCCGAGGUGUGCGAGCGGGGCGCGGGGGCCGCCCUGGAGCGCCUGGGGCAGCUGGCGGGCCUGUGGCGGCAGCUCGGCCUGGACAACAGCAGGGACAAAGUCAUGUUCUCGGAGGUCUGCGCCCGGAGGCCCGGCUGCCGCCGCUACGACGUCUCCCUGGCGCUGGCGGGGCUCCCCGCCGACGGGCCCGGGCCGCCCGGGGAGGCGGCGGACCCCGCCUGGGGCGAGCUGCAGGGCCACAUCGACCGGUGGGCUCGGCCCGUGCUGCGGGCUUCCGGCCUGCUCCGGCCAGGCUGCCAGGACCGCGCCGGUUGCGUGGUGAGCGAGCCAGGCGCGCCUGCGCAGGACUUCCACCAGGACGGGAUGGAGCCUGGGCUCGUGAACGCGUUCAUGCCGCUCGUGCCCGUCGUCGCCUCGAACGGUCCCACCGAGUUCCGCCCAGGCUCUCACCGCUCCGCGUGGGACUUGGAUUCGGGCUCCGACGGCGGCUGCGCGGCGGACAGCGACGAGGAGAGGCCUGCGGUCGCUCCCGAGGUAGGCAGGGGGGACCUGCUACUCUUCGAUUACCGCGUGUUCCACCGCGGCCUCGCCAACUGCAGCGCGGAGCCGCGCCCCGUCGCCUACAUAGUGUACGCGCGGCACGGCCUGAGCGAUCGCCACAACUUCCCAGACGCCUCUCUGGUCGAGGAAAGGAUCGAGUGUUGGCUCGUUGGCCCAAUCCUGGCAGUCCUGAGCGUGCGCACGGCAGGCCUGGACGCCCAUCCCUUCUUCGCAUCCGGAUGUCGAGCUUGA